GGCGCUCUGGAAGACGGCCGCACCAAACUCGUCGAGGAGAACAGUGGCGAGCGAUACAAACUGUUGGCCAGAGAUGGCAAUCAUAUCGACACUAUGUUUGUCGACCGCCGGGUCAGGGGUUCGCCGAAGAGCAAGACUCUGGUCAUAUGCAGCGAAGGCAACGCCGGCUUCUACGAGAUCGGCACAAUGUCCACACCGUUAGACGCCGGCUAUUCAGUGCUCGGCUGGAAUCACCCGGGCUUUGGCGGCAGCACUGGUCUCCCGUUCCCGCAGAACGAUAUCAACGCCAUAGAUGUGGUCAUUCACUUCGCCGUCGAGCGGUUGGGCUUUCCGUUGGAUUCAAUCAUUUUCUUCGGCUGGUCUAUCGGCGGGUUUCCCACCUCUUGGGCCGCACAGCAGUAUCAGGACAUCAAAGGUGUGGUUUUGGACGCCUCUUUCGACGACGUGCUGCCAUUGGCUGAGGCGAAGAUGCCUAACGCCAUAAAUCCAAUCGUACAGAACGUCAUCCGUGGUUAUUUCAAUUUGAAUGUGUCGGCAAAUCUGAACCAAUACGCGGGUCCCGUGGCCUUCAUUCGGCGCCUUCAGGACGAGAUAAUCAAUACUAACCAUUUGGAGCCGUUUCGCACCAAUCGGGGCAAUGAUAUGCUUUUGAAACUACUUAACAAUCGUUUCCCGAAACUGAUGGCCGACGAGAAGGCAAAGAAGGCGCUCGAAGAUUGGCUAAUGAGUGAUCCAAACGGUCAAUCCGCAAUCGUAAACACUUAUGAAGUGCGGGACGACUACUGUAUGACUGAAUUGUUGUCAUACAUCGACAGAACCGGCGCUCAAUACCCGCUCCUCAUUGGAGAUGACAUGUCGUCCGAACUGAAGAUCAAAUUAAUUAUAUUUUUAGCGAAGAAACACAUGAAGAAUUACGACUCCACUCAUUGCACACCACUUCCGCCCCUACUGUUUGAGGAACCGUUUGAUUUGUUUGCUAUUUAUAGAUCCAAAUAUAACAGUAAAUUAUAGAUUUUAUAUAAUUUUAAUGCAAUUUUAACGAC